UAAUUUUUUUCCUGCUUCUGCAUUUUCGAAAUUUCACUCCUCUCCCUAACUCCCUUGACAAUUGUCGUCUCCAAUCUCCAUCCAAGGCUCAUACAAAAAACAAAACGUUGGCAAUCUGCAAUUCCAGAGAAUUCAAAAAUGGCGAUUUCGAUCAAUAAAUUAGGGUUUACAAUCGUAGCUUUGAUGCUAACAAUCGGUGCAGCAAUGGCGGACUCAGAAUCAGCGUUCAUUGUAGCACACAAGAAGGCUACCCUCACUAAGCUCAAAAAUGGCGUUGAACGUAUCUCUGUUUCUAUCGACAUUUACAAUCGCGGAUCUCUAACUGUGUAUGAUGUAAGCCUUGUCGACAAGAACUGGCCAACAGAUUCAUUUGAUGUGGUCAGUGGGAACUUUUCAAGAUCAUGGGAUAGCCUUGAUGCUGGAGCUAUUGUUUCUCAUGCUAUUGAGCUGGAGCCAAAAGUAAAAGGUCUAUUCCAGGGUUCCCCAGCUGUGAUUACAUUCCGCAUUCCCAACAAGGCUGCACCUGUGGUUGCAUAUUCUACCCCCAUCUCCCCUAUGAACAUGCUUGCAGAUACUACACCACAGAACAAGCUUGAUUUGGUAAUAUAAUCUUAAAAUUUUCAAUUGUCCAUGGUUAUUAUGUUUAUGUUCUUUUGCCUUCCAUAUACAAAGUAUGUUGUUAUAUACUAAGCUGACAUUCUAUGUUUUCACUUGUGAAUUAUUGUCUGGUGGUGGUGGGCUGGCGGCAACCAACUUUCUCAGGCAAAGAGUCUUCUAGCUCGAUUUGGUCCACAGUUUUCAGCAAUCUCUCUUGUAGCUUUGUUUGGAUACAUACUUGCUAGUCCAUCAAAGUCAAAUGCACAAAAGAAGAGGCGAUGAAGUUACGAAGUACAAGUUUAAUGAGAUAGCAAACAACUAACUGUUUUGGUUUGGUUUUGAGGAUGGCUACUCCAAGCUGUUGACGAGUCUUUAAAGAUACCAAACGCUAACCAUUCUGGCUCUGCAUCGGUUUCUUUUUACUCAAAAUUGAAGGUUGCCUGCUGUUUCUGGUCCUUGUGUAGUCAUGUACUUAAAUAGAGUUAAUGUUUCACUCGACUUUUUUACACAGAUUCGCUAAAAUCAAGAAUUGCUUGGAGGUUUUCUUUUCUUGAAAGAUGCCCCAAGUUAACUGAACUGCUCUUGUGUUUAACCCUCUUUUCCAAAUGUUGAUAGUGGUUUCUUUUGCAUGACAA